GCCCUUCUCCCCUCUCAGUAAGCAUAAGAGUAAACUUCAACCAAGUAGGUUAGAUAUACAGAGAUGAAAUAUGAUUGUCAGUAAAUUAUGAUAAUGGAAAGGAAAAUAAAAUUAAAAACGCUCAAUAGUCACAUAACUUGUAAAAUAUGUAGAGGCUAUCUUAUUGAUGCUACAACUGUUACAGAAUGUUUGCAUACCUUUUGCAAAAGUUGCUUAGUAAAACAUUUGGAAGAGAACAACACAUGUCCAACAUGCAACAUUGUGAUACACCAGUCACAUCCUUUGCAAUAUAUCAGUUUUGAUAGAACUAUGCAGGAUAUUGUUUAUAAACUUGUACCAGACCUGCAGAGAGAUGAAAUAAACCGUGAAAAGGAGUUUUAUCGUCAGCGGGGUUUACCGAAUCCAAAAGAUGUUCAACUUACGAAUGGCGAACUACGUGGAGAUGAAAAUCAUGCAGAUCCUUCUCAUGCUGAAAGUGAUUAUCACAGACAAGAUGAACAAGUGAAUGUGUGUUUAGAAUGUAUCAGUUCAAAUUUGAAGACAUUGAAACGUAGGUUUAUUCGAUGCUCUGCUCAAGCAACCAUAUUACACUUAAAAAAAUUUGUUGCCAAGAAAGUAUUGAAUGGAAUGGAGAAGUAUCGAGAUGUAAGUAACAUUUUUAUAUUGUUAACAAGAACGAGAGGAUCUGAGAGAGUCCCAGCAUUUUAUGUCAGUCAGAAAGUUAGAAUAUGCUUUAUUAUCAAGAUUUUCCUUGUGGACAAGUUUAGAGAGCUAAAAAUCUAAAAAUAAAAAUAAUCA